AUGGGAAACCAGAGUGAGUCAGGACAAAUGCCAGAUUAUGGUGUCUCAAUUGUGAGAUAAUUCUGGAAUAAACACAAAUAUAUUAUAUGUUGUAACUUUGAGCACAAAAAUGAUGAUGGGAAAAACAAAACAAUGUGACUCAACUCCAAACCAGAGACACCAGAACCAUUGGUGCAAUUAUCAGGCUUAAUGGUAUAAUAAUCAAAAGUGGCCAGGACACAAGGUACCUUCCCAGUGCAAGGGAAGCAACAUACAGUAGUUACUAAUUGCCAGAUUGCCAUGCAUCCAGUAUAUCUGGUGUUCCAAAUUGUUAAACCCAUUAAGCUGCAGACAGGGCCGUACGCAGGAUUUUUUUCACCGGGAGGAGGGGGGAGUUUAAGGCCUAUAUGUCGAAAAAGUCCCAAAUAUCCAAAGAAUAAUUAAUGAUAUUCUAGAAAUCGUGAAUAUAGUUUUCUCCGGGGUGAGUUGCCUCCCUUGCCUCCCCGCUGUGUAUGGCCCUGGCUGCAGAGCUUCCCCAGUGGGGUGCAUUGCAGCUCAAUUGGUUAAUUAUAAAGGUUGUGAUAGACGUUAUGUACCACCUGAGCUUUCAUAACCCCUACAACCCUCUGCCCCCCCCCCCCAACGUGUUGUAAAUGGCCAAUGUACCACCUUUUCAUCAUACAGCAGCAACAUUUUCUUGGGGUGGGGGUAUUUUGGGAAAUAGUACCCCAAAAAUCUUGACAUUGAUUAGCCUUGUAUGCAAAGUUGGCACAUAUUACACAAAACCUGAAUAUAUUUAAACACAUACCUGACAUACCGUUUGCUUUGAAGGAACGUCUGGAGUUACUGUAAUACCAUUUUCUAAAGUACAGUAUAGAUAACAAAAAGUUUUAGUUUCUGCAACCAAAUUUUGAAAUAUACAGAUAACAGAUUUGCCAGGCUGUUUUCUUAACAAAAAGAUUGCAUUUCAUCGUCAAGCUUAAGUUAAGCCUACCAAUUUUAUGUGAGAUAAGAUAAAGCAUAAAUAAAAUUGAAUGAAAUACCUGUUUAUAGCUCGCUGAUUCAAAUAUCCUCUUUGGCUUUGCUCAUAUUUUGCGAGGACAGCGAGGUUUGAAUUUUUUUGUCUUUCCAGGGAAGAAUAACACGUACGACUUGCACAUCUUUGAACCAAUAACCAAAUUUAGAAAAAAUCUCUCGAAAGCAUUUUAAAAAUCCAUUCAAAUAUCGAGAAAAUACUACAAAACCCGAGCAAAAUUGCAAAAACCUAAAGUUUUUUUAAGAAAACCAGGGGUGUGUGGAAAUUGUAGCAGGCUCAGAUCCGAGCCUGGUCAGUGGUAAUUACCAUGAGAAAUACGGACCAGUUGUCAUGGAGAUUGCGUCAGCAAAGGCCGAAAUCCGCCAUGUUUUUGGCUUCACUUUUUUUUCCCGUACAGGUCCUCCAGUAAUAUAGUAUAGCUCAGUGAUUUACACCCGGGGAAACGAAAGCAUUAGCGAAGUCUAAAGCAGUGAAGAGUGUAUCUAAAAGUCGAGGGUCGAGAGUAUAGGUCGAGAGUCGAGGGUAAAAGUCGAGAGUCGAGAGUAAAAGUUGAGAGUCGAGAGUAACAGUCGAGAGUCGAGAGUAAAAAGUCGAGAGUAAAGAGUCGAGAGUCGAUCGAGAGCAAAAAGUCGAGAGUCGAUCGAGAGUAAAAGUCGAGAGUCGGCAAAUCUCAUCAGAAACAACAAAGUCAAGAUAUUUUUAACCACGUUUAUUGUCGUUCCAAUUGAAGUGUUGCUCAAAUAUUGAUUCAAUACAUUACCUCGGGCUGACCAAUUCAUUUGAUCAAGUUCCUCGAGAUAUUCAUACACUUCCUGUGAAAGAGCCAAUUCAAAGUAUUUGAUCAUUUCUGGUCACUUCCUUUCUAUUUAUGAUUGGUUAGUUGCACAAACAACAAAGGUGAUUGGUGCAUUCAAACUAUUCAACAGGAAGUUUACAAUUAUACUAGGAAGUGUAUGAAUAUAUCGAGGAACUUGAUGAAAUGAAUUGGUCAGCCCGAGGUAAUGUAUUGAAUCAAUGUUUGAGCAACACUUCAAUUGGAACGACAGUAACACAAUCUAUAUAUAGCUUUACAUAGCCAUUUCGUAACAAGUACCAACGGCUGAAAUACAAACUUUCCAAUAAAUAUUGCUACCAGGGGCGUGGCGAACGAUUCCAGAUUUGGGGGGCGUCACCAUAAUGACCAACUUUUUCAAUGAAAUGACCAACGUUUCUCCAAAUUUUUUUUUGGCGACCUUUUUUUUUGUAAAUAAUAUAAGAUUUCGUUUAAUAUUUAAAUAAUUCCUUUGACCAACUUUUCAAAAAUUUUGACCAACUUUUCAAAAAUUUUGACCAACUUUUCAAAGUUCAGAAUUAUUAAGGGGGGGGCGUCGCGCACCCCCAAGACCCCCCAGUCGCCACCCCCUGAUUGUUGCAACAGUCAAUAAUAAUAACGUGAACAAAAAAGAUUGGAUAAGAAAAUAAUAUCGCAUUUGAUGCCUCAAUCUUGCUAAAUGUUUUCACAUUUCAUUCUAACUGACACAUAAACUCGGCUGAAUUUUGGACAGCCAUCUCCAGGCUUGUAACUAAAAUGUCACUUAUUCCAAUCAUUAACGUACGUUUAUAUCAAACGAGAGCGUAUUAAGAAAUCCACGUUGAUCACAAUCUAACGAUUCAUACAAUUGUGAAUUCAUAAAUACGAGGCAGUAAAAAUAGGAUUCUUUUGUCGCAUGUGUGACUCUAUCGGGUGGUAAUAUGUCUCGCAUAUUAUUGUAAAGUCCUAGUAUUUAUAUGUAGCUUCACAUAUGAGUAAUUUUUCGCGGAAAUAGGUGCAUGUAAAAGCGGGAAGGAUGGACAGUAAUAUAUAAGGAAGCGAUAAAACUAGUUAUAAGAUAACAGUUAUUAUUAUUGAAUGUUGUGGCUAAAUUUUUGCGAAAGUUUUGUUUUAUAUUAUACUGGAUUAUUCCUUUGAUUGCAUAUGCCUCUUGUUUACUUUAAUUUCGAGAAUUUGAGCAUACUAAAUUAUGUUUCGCAAAUAUUGUUUGCUUUAUGUUCCGAUACACAGGAAGUGAAAUUAGUUCAGCCGUCAUAGGCGUACAGGCGGGAAAAACUCAGGGAGACAGAAAAAAAUUUACCCGACUUUUACCCACUGAAUAAAAUUUUCCGCGUAACUAUUAAAUUUCCCGAGUUGUCGUUGGGAAGUAGACAAAAAUAUUUUCCUAUUUGUCGAUUCCUCGUUAUUUCUGGUAUUUUCAAAUACCAUAUUGCAUGUACUGUCUUCUUUUUAAACUUAUUUCCCCCAAUUUUUGCCCGAAUUUAUACGUUUAUAAUUUGCAUGACUUUAUUUUGACUGCCCCCCCCCCGUACGGCUAUAAUCAGCCGUUGUUACGGAUCGGUUAUAUAUUGUGUUAAAUAUUUUGACUUUGUUGUUUCUGAUGAGAGGGUCCUGAAGGGGGGUCCCAAUCCCAUUUCCCACCUGAAAUUUUGGCAAAUCCCAGUCCCAGUUGGAUUUUUAUUAGAAAUCCCAGUCCCAGUUAUUGAAAUCCCAGUCAAUAAAAAAACCCUUUAUUUAUUGGUAGAAUAAACAGUUUUAAGACCUUUUAAGCAAGUGGCGGACACUUUAUGAAAUAUUUAAUUAGGGGGGUGCUACCCGGAAAUGGCAUUUGCAGCAUUCUGAGACACGCAUAAUCAGAAAACCCAGAAUUGCGGGCGCCAGAGUAUGCCUGUUCGCAGGUAGCGCUGUGAGUAAUAUAGUUAACAACAUAAAUCAUGACCAAAGACACCAAAAACAUAUCAAAAUUGUAUUUUAAAAUACUCAAAACGCAGAAAAAUUGGGAAUCGACUCGCAUUACCUCAAUCCCAUUCCCAUUUUUGAGUACUUCAUUUCCCAUUCCCAGUGGCCAAAUCCCAGUCCCAGCAACCCAAAUCUAAAUUCCCAGUCUAAAAAUAGAUCAAUCCCAGUUCCCAUUUUACCCCUUCAGGACCCUUUUGUUUCUGAUGACAGUUGCCGACUCUCGACGUUUUACUCUCGACUUUUUACUCUCGAUCGACUCUCGACUUUUUACUCUCGAUCGACUCUAGACUUUUUACUCUCGACUCUCGACUUUUUACUCUCGAUUCUCGACUUUUACUCUCGACUCUCGACUUUCACCCUCGACUCUCGACCUAUACUCUCGACUCUCGACCCUCGACUUUUAGAUACACUCAGCAGUGAACUAUAUACAUGGAAGGCUGACUUCAGUCAGUUACAUAAUCAAAAAGUGAAGCCAACGAUGGAGGAUUUUGAAGCCAUUCUUGCGCGUCAUUCUCAGUCUCCUUACCCGCGCGGCCAAACAUUUUUUGUAUUUUAAUGGCGGGAAGUGAUGGGUCCGCGACUCUCGGGUUGUGUUAUAUUUCGGGAACUCCGGUCGAAAUAUAUGAGAAUACUAGCGGUAUGGCAUUACCAAUCUGUGCUUCACAUCACAUUUUAACCCAAAGAAAUCUCUGGUAAAAACCCCAACACCCCCCUGAUCUGACCCGUCCCAUAAUCCUCCUGUGGCUUUUUUACCUUGUGCUUCACACGCGAACAGGUAAGCUUCAGGUAGGCUAAAAUAUUUGCUUUUUGACGCUUUUUCCUAUUGUUUUUCAUAUGUUUUAGACACUCUCUAUGUUUUCAUAUGUUUUAGACACAUUCUCACUCAGAAAAACAACCAGAGCCUUGCCGGGACGGCGACACGCUUUCGAUUUUGGCGGGAAAUGACAAUCCUGAAAAUUUUGAGGAUUUGGCUAUUGAGCCACCAGAGCAGGCUAUUGAGCCAUCAGAGCAGGCUAUUAAGCCACCAAACUCUGCCGUACAGCUAAACACUAGCGAUGAUAUUUGUGGCGACAGAAUUGAUUCUUCAAAACAACAAUCAGUUGAACUCAGCAACGCUAGCGAAGGUCAGCCAGGUUUAUACGACCCCGAAGCUGUUACGACCUCGUGGUCUCCAUCUCAGGAGUUUAAGGAUUUUUUAGAGAAAAAUUUUCGAAGGAAACUAUCCUUUGAUCACAUUUGUGAUAUUUUGGAGGAACAAGCUAUUCCUCAGGUAGAUUCCCUCGUUACUCCUACUCUAGAUCCACCAAUGUUGUCUCAUGUUUCAUAUCAAAAUAAAAAGUUUGUGCAGGAGCGAGAUAAAGAGCUCGCUGUUGUUCAACGUGCUAUGUUGAACAUCACAGGCCCAUUAUUCACAUUACAUGACCGUUUAGAAAACAACCUUCCUGUUAGCCCUACUGAGCUCAAGUUGCUUGUUGAACAAUCCCUUUGUUUAGUUGGUUCGGCUAACUCACAAUUAUCGGUACUCCGCCGCAAGAAGGUACUUGCAUCCAUUAACAAAUCAAAAAUUGAUUUGGCAAACCAGCCAUUGCCAAACGCUCAACGAUGGCUAUUUGGAGACGAUUUUCCCUCAAUUGCAUCUAAGGAAGCCGAGCUAUCACGGGGUUUGGCAAAAAAUCUGGCUCCUACGGCCCCCAAAAUUUAUAACCAAGACCCGAAACAACCAAGCAGAAGUUUCUCUCAGUCUACUAAAUACAAUACUCAAAACAACAGGGGUCAGUUUUCUCGUACUCCCCAGUCUCGUUUCCAACGGCCCCCAAAUUAUCACACCACUUCGAACAGUGGCAGGUUCUGACAGCAGUCCCAUUUAUUCUAGAUGUUGUUGCCGGUUUAAAAAUUCCUUUUAGAGUCAGAAACACUUAUUUAUGUACAAGGAGGUGUCAGACCUGUUAACGAAGGGGGCAAUUUGCAAAGUCCCCUUUGCCAAGUCCCCAAGAAGGACGGCGGUAUGAGAUCGGUUAUAGAUCUAAGCUCACUGAAUCAAUACAUAGAAACAUAACAUUUCCAGAUGGAACAUCUUUCCUCGAUAAAAACCUGCCUACAACAGGGGUACUACAUGACAAAAUUGGGCCUAAAGGAAGCAUAUCUUUCGGUCCUGCUGGAAAAUCAAAACGUAUCAGUUCAAAGCAGAAACGACGAACAUUGUGUUGUCAAAUCCUGAAAAUCGAGAAACCUGCAUUAAGGAGCAUAGCUCAACUGUUGGGGUUACUAGAAUCUUAUCGUCCGGCAAUCUGGAAGGCUCCUUUUCACUUUCGUUUUCUUCAAGCUUUGCUUAUUCGCAACCUGCACACUUCAGAUCACAAUUACGAAAAUUCAACUUCCAUGCAAACAGAAAACUGAAAUCCAAUGGUGGUUUCAGAAUAUUAUGACAAUCAAUGGCAGCCCAAUUACGGUGCCUCCCCCGGAUGUAACAAUUUUUCCGAUGCCUCGAAACAGAGGUGAGGCAGUCACCAGCAUUUAUCAAACCGAGAAGUUGUUACACAUCAAUAUUCUCGAACUGAAAGCUGUUUUUUCUAAGCCUGAAGACUCUCUUGAAAAACUAUCGUUCAAUGACAGUGUCACUGAACAUAACUAUCGUUCAAUGACAGUGUCAUUGAACAUGGACAAUUCAACCGCGGUUACUUACAUAAAUCACAAAGGGGGCACCACCCGUUGCUAUUACUAGAGCUGACAUUAUAACUGUGGGAUUGGCGCAAGCAGAGAGACUUAUUUGUCAUAGCCCACCACCUUCCAGGGAAGAUCGACAUUCAAGCAGACCUCGAAUCCAGGCAGUUUCUGGAGGCUCACCAUUGGGAUGCCUUCACGGUGAGCUGGAAGGGACUUGCGGGUUAUGCUUUCCCUCCCUUCAACUUGGUCCCCAUGGUCCUCAAAAGGUCUUGUCGGACCAGACAGAGAUCUUCUUGAUAGCUCCAAUUUGGCAAGCUCAGCGUUGGUGGCCUCUUCUACUAAGUCUUCUGGUACAACAUUAAUUAACCUGUCCUGCUACCAAACAGCAAACAUCUCUUGAAGGAUCCAACCGACCCUUCCUUAAUUCACCGAUGUACCCACGUCUACAUUUGGGCGUAUUUCACAUCUCGAACGUUAGCAAACUACUCAUUUUCAGCCACUCGUAGUUCCACACGCAAAACCUACGAAUCUAAUUGGCAGCGUUGGAGCCGCUGGUGUUCUACAAGGCAAAUUAAUCCAAUUUCAUCAACUUUGAGCAACGUCCUUACCUUUUUGGCGGACUCACUCGCCUCCGGUUUGGAAUAUAGAACCAUGAAUGUUCUGAGAUCGGCUUUGUCAUCAACCCAUCCACGAAUCGACGGUUAUCUAGUCGGACAACAUCCAUAUGUUGUUAACCUGAUGAGAGGUGUUCUAAACAAUCGACCUCCAAAACCCAGAUCCCCAACGUUCACCUUGUUGACUACAAAGACAACUCGUUUUAUACUUGUUUCCCAGAUGACAAAAGGUUAUGUCUGAUAGCUUGUUUCCAACAUUACAUCUCAAUGACGGUUGAAUUUAGAAGAAUUAUGAAGGACCAACCUAAGUUGUGUCUUUCAUUUAUUAUACCUCACCGAAACAAUUUUAUUAUAGACCAAUGGUAUCAACACCAAACUUUGGUCGUGUUGGGUUAAACUAAUUGUAAACAGGUCUUUAGACUUAUUGUAUCUACAGAGCUAAAUAAUAAAGUUCUUUUUGGCGGUUCACCAUUGUAGUGUUAAACUCUACCGCUAGUAUUCUCAUAUAUUUCGACCGGAGUUCCCGAAAUAUAAUUCGACUUAUACUAGGGCUGUUCCAGCCUGCAGGUAUAAUUUAGGUUAUAUGAGGGAACGAAGGGAGAAAUAUAUGAUUCCCACCCUUAUACCCGCCCAGUUCAUCUCAGGGUUAAAUAAGCCACAGGAGGAUUAUGGGACGGGUCAGAUCAGGGGGGUGUUGGGGUUUUUACCAGAGAUUUCUUUGGGUUAAAAUGUGAUGUGAAGCACAGAUUGGUAAUGCCAUACCGCUAGUAUUCUCAUAUAUUUCUCCUUUCGUUCCCUCAUAUAACCUAAAUUAUACCUGCAGGCUGGAACAGCCCUAGUAUAAUUCGAAUUUUUCUUCAUUUUAAAAGAGCAAAAAACGAAAUAAACUUAAUUUAUUUCAUGUAAACCUGAUUUCCUUCAUCUAAUCGAUCUGUCUACUGCAUUUACCCACUGUAUGUGUGAGUAAAUCUGUAUUUUUCGUUGCGAAUUCAGCAACUAAUUUCAAACUUUUUUUGUUUUUUGAACAAAUCUGUAUUUUUAUAAAUUGGGAAUUUGUUUUUGCUUUAGUUGUUUCGCUUUUUUGUUUUUAUGGUGCUUUUCAGUUUUCACACCAUUAUUUGGCUUAUUUUACUCCGUUUUCCUGAUUUAAAACUGAUUUUUAACUGCAGUUUUCGAGGCAGUUUUUAGCCAAUUUAAUUCCAUACAUGUAAGAAAAUUUUGUUUUUUUAUUUUUUACUCGCUGGGGCACUGUGCCCCGGGCGAGUAUAGGUUUCGGCUUCAAUCUCCAAUCUCCAAUCUCCGAUCGUCGAUAGCCACAAAAUAGAAUAUUAAUGAGCUGCUUGAUCCUUCAAAAUGGCGGGGACUUUCGUUGAGUGGGCAAAAUGUUUUCAACAAUUUCGUGAAAAUUUUGAACCAAUUGUACCUGUUUUCUAUGGAUUUUGGAUUGUGUGUAGCUGUGGACAUUCCUGCUAGUUUAUUUAAUGCGUUUUACUUGGUGCACGGCUCUGAAAAUCCGAAAUUUGGAUCGUGGAAUUCCCGUGCACGAUCAUAAUAUACUGAAUCUGAAUAUAAACGAUCCAAAGACAAUUUCAAGGUGAAAUGUUAUAACUUAAACUGCACAACGUAGUUUUAAUAAAUAACUACAUAUUACAUAUUUAAUGACUUUGGGACCUUAGCUAACAUGUGCCCAAACCGUUUUUAAAAUAUCAAAAUCCUUCCCCUACUUUUGAGGAUUUUAAUAUGCAUUAUCUUAUUUUUGUUACCCGUUUCCAUGGCAACCAAUAUGGCAUUUUUUGUUUGUUUGCCACUUUAACUUGAUUGUCCGCUUGCCAGCGUUUCGAAAGCAAGUGAUUUACAUAGUACCCUUUGUUGUGUACUACAUAAAGUAUUGGUGCUGUUAUAAUUUGGUGAUUGCUGGCGCUCAUUGCCAUGCCAAAAUUGUGAUCAAAAUUUUCAACGGAAAUGCUAUUUUCGAACGUGAAAAGAAGUCAAAUUCUUCGCUCUUUAAUCUUUGCUUUUUAACAUAAACAAAUGGUUGGACAAAGCUCCAGAUCUUUAUAUAAAAGAAAGAGGAAAGGGACUGUUUGUCUGUUUCGGGGCGUCAAAGAUACAAGAAAGACGAGGCUUUAAAUUCAUCACGUAGUGACGUAUCAGACAUCUCAAACAGGCGAAGUUGAUGGUGAAAAUAUCGUUGGAACCUCAAUGAAGAAAGUGCGAGGUGACAGUAAGAAUGCAGAGUCCGAGUUUACGAUUGAGAAUCCUUAA